ACAAUAGCAAUUUUUUUUUCUGUGGCAGCUACUCAUUUUAAGAUGGGCUUUACGACACUUUACAAAGAUUUACGGCAUUUAGUUGUGGCGAAUGGCAAGAAAAGUAAAUAAACCAGCCCCUUCUCGUCGAUGAGCAAGUUUGAAGGUACCAAAAGAGCGACAAAAUACCGGGACAAUGCUGCUUCAUCGUCGAGCUAUUGUUUCAUUUGGCCUCCGUAUGUGUUCAGCUCAUACCACCACAAGACCUUUGGCGGACACGUCAAGCUUCAGCUCAGAUAUGUCUGAAUUCCGAAAGGCCUUCUCCAAAGCCAAGCACAUCGCAAUUAUCACCGGGGCAGGUGUGAGUGCUGAGAGCGGAGUGCCAACGUUCCGGGGUGAACAUGAAAAAUGGAGGAAAUGGCAGUCCCAAGACCUGGCUUCCCCAGAGGCCUUCUCGCGCUAUCCGUCCCGUGUCUGGGAGUUCUACCAUCACAGACGAGAGGUAGCCUUGAGCAAGAAGCCCAAUGCCGCACAUGUUGCAAUAGCUGAGUGUGAGGCCCGGCUUAAAAAGCAGGGCCGCAAUGUUGUGGUCAUCACGCAGUGCAUCGACGACCUGCACCAGCAGGCCGGCUCCAAACACGUGCUCAGGAUUCAUGGUAGCCUGACGGAGACACGUUGUCUUAGUUGUGGUGAUGUGGAUGUCAACAAGCGCAGCCCCAUAUGUGCAGCGCUCAGGAACAAGGGGUCUCCUGACCCUGACGUUGCCGAUGCUAACAUUCCAGUGGAUAAGCUACCAAGGUGUUCCGAAAGUGAUUGCAAUGGUCUGCUGAGGCCGAACGUGGUGUUUUUUGGGGAGACGCUGGACUCGCACCUCCUGACCAAAGUGGAAAAAGAGCUGGAAAUCUGCGAUCUUUGUUUGGUGGUGGGUACAUCGUCCAUUGUUUACCCGGCAGCCAUGUUUGGCCCCCAGGUGGCAUCCAGAGGUGUUCCUGUGGCAGAAUUCAAUCUCGGAGGAACACCAAAAUCAGAGUACUUCACGUACCACUUUCAAGGCCCUUGUGGAACGACACUGCCUUCGGCCUUGGCACAGCAUGAGUCCGAGGUUGUUUAAAGCACCAGUAGGAGGGUGGUGGGAACCCCCUCUUCAGGGCAUCAGAGGGUUGUUUUUGUUGUUUUCUUGCACAAAUGUUUGCCUUACAAGCAGCUAUAAUGGCUUAGGUGCUUAGGAUGUAGCUCUGCAUGUGUGUCAAUACUUGACUAUACAGUGCUGCACGUACAAAUGGGAUAUAAUGUGGCUAUGCUUAUAAGGUAAUUGGUGAUCAAGGCAAUGUCACUUCAAGGUGUUUUAUAGGUGGAACUGCUUUCCUUUUCGGGGUAGUCGGCUUAUAGGUUCCGCUGUUUUGUAAUUUGAUAUGAGGCCGUGGAUGUAAUUUAACAUGGAGAUUUUGGGGCAAGAUGAGUCAAUUUCUUUCAUCACAGCUGAAAUCCCGAUGCAUUGACCAAAUGUUUGCUUUAAGUUUUACAGCGCGAUUGUAGCUCACGUUACAUUUAUUCUCGGGCUCACUGAUAUCGGUGUAGCAACAUAUCUUUGGUGUUUAAUUCAGUGCAUUCUUAAAAACCGGUGAAAUUGUCCGUUGAUGUAAAACAUACAAUGCACAAUUUUUGUACAGUGUUCAAUCAUCGUAAAUCAAUGCAAUUAUUUGGCAAAGUUAUUAAAAUAUUUAA